UUUAAAGUGUUUUUUAAUAAAGUUUUUUUUUUCGUUUCGUCCAGACAUCUCCUGCAGACAGUGAUAAGUGGCACGUAUUCGGCAAGCAAGUAUAACUGUGGUGUAUGCUUGGCUCGGGCCACAGGGUAUCACUUCGAAGCGCAAUCCUGCAGUGCUUGUGCCGCGUUCUUCCGUCGUGCUAUUGCCUACAAGAAACAGUUCAGAUGCAAAACCGGCAAAAACAAUUGUAUCAUUCACUACUGUAAGUUCACUGCCCUUUUGUGUCAAGCAUGCCGUUUGCGAAAAUGCUUCGCUGUGGGAAUGAACGAGGACUGUAAGUUCAUUUUUAGAAAAGCUAGUGCUGCUCAUCUCGCCGGCAAUCGCUGGUCAGUGUGCAUGAGUAAUCGGUACUCACGUAAAAGUAGAUGGCCGCUCGGGGGGCUCCCGAAAAGAUGGUGCUCAUACAUCGAACAGGAGGUGGGUAUUAACUGGAAGCACACAGCUUAG